UCAUCCACUUUUGCCAAGAGAAAAAAAUGGGGAAAGUACUAUGGUGCUGUUUGGUUUUCACAUGCCUUAUGAUUCCUCUAGCAGUUGCUGAUUGGAACAUUCUGAAGGAGCAGACACAUGAUGAUGGAUUGAAGAUCAGCCAGCAGAACUAUUGUGAAAGUUGGAGGAUGAAUGUGGAGUUACACAACAUUAGGGAGUUCCGAGUUGUGCCUGAAGAGUGCAUUGAAUACAUUGGAAAAUAUGUCACGUCCACACAGUACAAAGUGGACUCACAGAGGGUAACUGAAGAGUGCUUGGUUUAUCUCAGCACCAGUUGUAAUUUGAAGAAAGAUGGAUUGGAUGCUUGGAUUUUUGAUGUUGAUGAUACCCUCCUUUCAACAGUUCCUUACUAUAAGAGUAAUCUAUAUGGGGGAAGGAAACUGAAUGUGACAUCUCUAGAGGAAUGGAUGAGCAAAGGUAAUGCACCAGCUCUUGAUCACUCAUUGAAGCUUUACAAUGAACUUAAAUCAAGGGGUGUGCAAAUCAUUUUGGUUACUGCAAGGAAGGAGCAUCUCAGAUCAGUCACAAUUGACAACCUUUUCAAGGUUGGUUAUUAUGGGUGGAAUAAAAUUGUCUUCAGAGAUCCUACUAAUGAAUUGGUAUCAGUGCAAAAAUACAAGUCUGAUGUGAGAAGGCAAAUAAUGAGGGAUGGUUAUUGCAUUUGGGGCAUUGUUGGAGACCAAUACAGUAGCAUUGAGGGAAUUCCUAGUCCCGAAAGGACAUUUAAACUACCAAAUCCAAUGUACUAUGUUGCCUAAUAUGGCAUUCAUUGUAAUUGCUUUAUUUCUCCCUUAUUUUCAACUUAUAUUUAAAAAUAAUUUGUUACAAUAAAUGAAGUCUCAAAUAGAGAUAAUAUAUAUAUCGCACAUUUUCCUUCGAGCAACAAGAAACAAAUUUUCAUUAUAUAUUUGACAUUGCGUAAGUCAACAUGUAAAAUUAUUCUAUUGUAA